GUUGUUGUUGUUGUUACAUGAUCAACAAGUGCAAUUGAUGCAAAUCUUCUUAUAAUGUUUAAGAAAGGCGAAUGAGAUAACAAAUAUGGGAAAGUCACGCACAGGAAAAACAGCAGUUACAUGUACUAUUCUAGCUUUCAUUUUGGUGUUGAUUGCUUUUACCACACCCAACUGGUUACAAACUGAUGGCAAAUUAGAAAACCCAAAAUUCAUUAAAAUCGGAUUAUGGCAAGUCUGUUUUAAUGGUUUUCAAGAUAUUCGCCAUUUAUAUGAUACAAGAUUUCAUGGUUGUUGGUGGGUUUUUGAAGAAGAAUAUUAUAUAAUACAUGAUAUUUUGUUGCCAGACUUCUUUGUGGCAACUCAGUUCUUUUUUACAUUGUGCAUGACUUUAUUGCUGAUUGGAGGACUUUUGACUGCUUUGUAUACUUGUUGCUCUAGACAACAUAAGAAAUACCAGCUGUUAUUAUGGGCAACGGGGGCAAAUUUGACACUUUCGGCCAUCUGUGGUAUUAUUGCAGUAAUUAUAUUUGGAGCCAGAGGCGACGGCAGAGUUUGGAUGCCUAAUUGGGAACACAAUGAUAUAAGCUGGUCGUACGCAUUGGCGGUUGUAGGUAGCUUUAUUCUUUUAACUGCUGGUAUUUUGUUUUUAAUAGAAGCUCGAAGAUUCAAAAAAAAGAUUGAACGAAUACUAGGCAAAGAACACAAAACUCACACUACCAUUUAGAUUAAUAUAAACGAAGAUUAAUAGAUUAAUCGCAUGCUCAUAUACAAUUUAAAUAAUUUC